UCACUGAUGUUUCCAAAUGCUUUAUAUUUCACUUUCGCGUAAAAUUCGACGGAUGUUCGACAAACACGAGUGUCGUGAAUAUCAUUUGGGAUUAUAUUGCCAUUUUUGUGGUCGUCUUGCCCCGCCCCACUAUCAGUUUCAUCGAAAAUGUCGCAACGUAUGUGUCAACGUGUUGACCAGAAAUAUAUCAAUAAGAGGGAGAUCUCUUCGCAUCUAGCAGGUUUUGGCUGAAUACUAUAUAAAAGGCGUCUCCUCAAUUUCGAUUUUACAACGGGAUACACAGUCGUGAUCAGCAUCAUGAAGACUCUGACCGCUGUACUUUUCUGCGUGCUCGCAGUGGCUGCAUUCGCUGCACCCCCCUUAAAUUAUGGGAAAGAUGAUUUCAUCCCCAUCAUAGAUUCGCGCUCGGAUGGACCAAAUCCGGACGGUUCAUACAGCUACAGCUACCAGACCGGAAAUGGCAUCCAGGCGCAGGAGCAGGGCCAGCUCGUCCAGCUUACCAAAGACGAGGACGCCAAUCGCGUUCAGGGUGCCUUCAGCUAUCCCGACAUCAACGGCAAUCCCAUCAGCCUGAGCUACACCGCCGACGAAAACGGUUUUCAUCCUCAGGGCGAACAUCUGCCGACCGCGCCACCGGUCCCCGAAGCCAUCCUGAGAGCCUUGGAGUACAUCGCCCAGCAUCCCGAGGAGGACAACCUGUAGAAAUGUUACAGUAACGUACAGAUUCAUUCAGACUGAAAUCUUACCGCUGACUGAUCCCACGAUCUUACGAUUGUUAGUGCAUGUGCGAAAUUAUAUUUUCUGUCGUUGAUAUGAGAAUACAAAAAUGUGAAGUAAUACUAGUAUAAAAUACUUAUUUAGAUAAAAAGUUUAAAACAAGAGAGAAAACGAAUUGUACCGAUUCGAGAUGAUGUUUUCCUCUUAUCUCUAUCUCAUACUUAUUGUUAGCCAUACUAAUUGUAAGACAUAGCUCCAUCCGUCGUACUUACAUAGUAGAUAUUAAAUUAAAUAUUAAUCCGACAUAAUUAUACAAUAAGUUGAAGCCUCCAAAUUUAUAAUAUAUAAUGUUGGAAAUUAAACACAUCGAAAUUAUGCCUGUCAACCGACUUUUGAGUUCAUAUUUCUAGCUCCAUUUGCAAUUCUAGCGCAUUCAAAUGUGAUUUAGCAAAUUUCCUUUGGCGAGAGUGUUGUCCCAGAGCCGAAUUAGUGCAGUUAAUUAGCACCUGGUGCAUUAAUUAAGGAACCACGUAACGCACGUACUGUGUGCACACAAAGCCACCGCAACCGCAACGUUUAUAUUAAACGCUGCUUCUAUCGACCAAAUAAACGUACUUAAACGUG